AUGCCAAACAUCUCUAAUCAAGAUAAUGAUAUAGUUGUGGGUUUCAAGAAGGCAGAAGAAACAAUCAUAAAUCAGCUUAUUAAUGGGUCAAAGGAGAGAGAAGUUGUUUUAAUUUCUGGCAUGGGCGGAUUGGGAAAGACAACUUUUGUGAGGGGAGUGUAUGAGGAGAAAAAUGUAGCAAACCACUUUGACAAGCGUGCGUGGUGUACUGUUUCUCAAGAAUAUGAUUGCAAGGACUUGAUGAACAAAAUAUAUAGUCAAGUAUGUGGCAGUGAGAUAACGAUGCGCAGUAGUGUAGCUGAAGAGCUUUGCAAAAGGUUGAUGGGAAUGAGAUACCUCAUAGUGUUGGAUGAUAUUUGGAGUGUGGAAGCAUGGGAAGAGUUGAAUAGAGUUUUCCCUGAAUGUGACAAUGGAAGUAGAAUUGUUUUAACAAGCAGACAAGAAAGCAUGGUGAAGUUAUUUAAAGGGAAGGGAUGUCCUAAAGAGCUUGAAAAUGUUGGAAGAGAAAUAUCUAAUAAAUGUAAGGGAUUACCUUUGACCGUUGGAUUGAUAGCAGGUCUUCUUGAAAAAGUUGAGAAGAGUGAGCAAAUGUGGCGUGAAUUUCUUCUUACUCUAAACUCACAUGUUACAUUUGGAGACGGAAUACAAAGCAAUGAUGCGAUAGAGCUUAGUUACAAGUACUUAGCAGAUCAUUUGAAACCAUGCUUACUUUACUUAGCUGCACUCCCUGAGGAUAAAGAAAUAGAUGUUUCGGAACUAAUAGAACUGUGGAUAUCUGAAGGAUUCAUAGAAGGCAUGGUAGGAAUAGGGAGAGUAGAAGAUGAGGCCGAGGAUUACCUAAAUCAUCUGGUUAGCAGUAACCUAAUUAUGGUAUCUAGAAAACAAAAUGUUCAUCGCAUCGUGAUCCUAUCAUGCAGGGUUCAUGAUUUGGUACGUGAUUUUUGCUUAACAAAAGCUAGAGAAGAAAUUUCCAUGGAGAUAAUUAAUAAUACGGAAAAGAAGUGGGAUCCAACUCUCAAUUUUACCCCGCAUCGAAUAUGUUUGCAUUUCGAAGGGGUAUUUCAUCUCUCUUCUGAAUUGGUACCUUGGAAUUCUUCUAUUCACACAAUUUUGGUUUUCUGGGAUUAUAUUUUUGGACCCGUAUAUAAUGUCUCAUGGAUUGCUAAAAAAUUUGAACAUCUCACAAUCUUGGAUUUAGAGGGAAUCCUUGUGCACCAAUCAAUUUUGUCUAAAGUUAACUCACUAAUUCAUCUAAGGUAUCUAGCUCUCAAUGUAGAUGGAGAUAAAAAUGAUGAUGCCUCACCAUUAUCACUAGAGAAUCUUGAGUAUCUCAUAAUAUUAAAGUUGAACUCAGAAAAGGUGCAUUUCCCAGUUUUUUUUUGGAAUAUGAGAAGAUUGAGACAUAUGAGUAUUACUGGUUCCCGUUGUGGUGAUUCUUGCAAGGAGAAAUCAAAAUCAGUUAUGAUUGCACCUUGUUCAAAAGAAUUGCAAACAUGGGAUUGGCCAUGUUCUCUCACUCCAAAUCAUGAAUGUUUGUUGAGAGAGCUUCUCUGUCUCAAAACAUUGAGUUGUGGUGUCUCAAGUUCUGAAAGCUUUCUUAAAAUUGACUUUCUCCAUCACCUUGAAAAGUUGGAAUUGUUUAGUUUUAAUGGAGAGCCACAUCUUCUUAAUAAUCUUAAACUCAGCAAGUUUCCAUCAAGUGUUAAGGAAAUACAGUUGCAUUCUAUUACUCUUUCAGUGUCUGCAAUUUCAACAAUUGCACAAAUUUCCAAUCUUGAGACUCUAGUACUAUGGAGUUGCAUCUUUGAGGAGGGCUUAACAUGGAAUGUGGAGGAGGAAACCAAAUUCCCAAAACUCAAACGCCUCAAAUUAUUCAAUCUUGGUAUUGGAAUUUGGAAUAUUAGCAGUGUUGCUGAGUCCUUUUCUUGCCUUGAGCAAUUAGAUUUGAUUUUUUGUGUGAUGCACGUGAUGCCUUCUGGUUUUGAGGAUAUUUUAACAUUGAAAAUGAUCUCUGCGUGGUGUUGCAGUUUAACUGUUGAUAGUUGGGUGGAGGAAAUUCAGGAAUGUGCAAGGGAUUUAGGAAAUGAGCAACUCCAGGUCGACAUCCUCUGUAAGUGA